AACGCUGUCUACGCAAACGACAGCAAUAACGUGUUUGCAAAAGUCAUUGUCGUUCCAGGAACGCGAAGGCGCGAGAACCGCUUGUACAGAAACGCCCCAGUAUUUUCCAAUCAAAUGAUAAGAAUCGCGAAAUCGCUCGUGGGAAACCUUUUGGACUUGCGGGAGAGAGGAAGUUCAUUGAGCUCUCGCGAAAAUGACGCUAAAUUAAAUAAAACGCUGAAUCAAACGUAACUUGAUUUUCACGUAUCUCUAUGAGAAAGUUGUCCCUUUAAAAGUUGGUUCUCAUUUUCUCCGGUGAGGCUCCAAUCAAUUUUAUUCUCGGCCUACUAAAGAUUAUUCUCGGUUCUUCUUCAUAAAUUUCAAUCUCUAUUCUUCAAAAUCUUCUUUCUUUUAACUCGUUUCUCUUCCUAAAUUAUCUAUUUAAUAUCUCCGACUUAUCAUUACUCAUCUUGCUAGUAUUUUUCGUUGAUCGUUCUUUAUCCCGUUCAUUGCUUCUUGCUUCUUAAUUACACCCUCAUCAUCAGAGGGCUUCCUAAUCAUGAAACCCUCCGGAAUUUUCCCUCGUCUCGCUCAAGUAUCUCCACGCGUGGCCGUAAUCAUUCCUCUCCCUAGUAUUUGAAAUCGAUUCUAGCAACUAAUGAGCACACAUCUGAAAUCGGCAGCCGCAGGUUGCCACGAUUCGCGACGGAAGCCACCCUCGUCUAUCUCCUGGCGUUCGUUCACACCGGCUAGAGUCCGUUGAAUAUCCCUCGUACGUGUCCCGAUGACACCGAGGGGGUGGAAGUCCUGUCGAUGAUGGAAGAUACCGAGGGGCCAGUGUGGUCGUGGGCGAGGGCGUUCUCGCGCGGAUGGGAAAAUUGACGUCCGGCCUGUUUGACGCACGAGAACCACUGGGCAGGAAAAUGUGAACGUAUGGGCACCCGGUUGUCCGGCGACGACGGUGUGUUCAGUGUCGUCAGUUCGAUCCGGUCAGUGGGCCAUUCAGCAUGAACAACGAGCGCAAAGAUGAUGGUUCCGUUUAUUCGGUUGGAAGCCAGAAUAACCUGGUACCGAUAAGGUCCCGGCAAACCUUCUUCAAGAAGCAGACUCAGAUAUCUAAUUUGCUGAUAGUAAUUCUACUCUUCCUGCUGUUCGCCUUGCUGGUUACGGUCGUGGUGCUCGCGAUACUCUAUGCGCUCAUGACGCACAGCACGAUGAAGAUAUGCGACAACGAGGAGUGCGUGCGAAUAGCGGCUAGUCUGAAGGAAUCUAUGGACACUUCUGUAGAUCCCUGCGACGAUUUUUAUCAUUAUACGUGCGGCAGGUGGCCAAUGGAGCAUCCUAUCCCGGAUUCUAGUCUGACAAACACGUGGUUCCACGAGCGCACCGAUCGCGUGUCCAGGAAGAUCAGGGAGCUGCUGCAGGAGAAUGUAACCAGCGAGUCGUCGCCCUGGGCGGUGACGCAGGCCAAGACGCUGUUCACCAGCUGCAUGGACAUGAAGGCGAUAAACGAACUGGACCUGUCGCCAUUGUUUAACGUGCUGACGUUGCUGGAUAUACCCCUGAUACCGGCGAUGCUCAGCAACAAGACAGGCGAUUUCAUUCAGCAAUUAGCCAACGUGAAGAGAGUUAUGGGCGCCGACAUUUUCAUCGGCCUCGAGGUCAUGCCUGAUCCGAGGAACAGAAGCAAGAACGUAAUCUUCCUUGAUACUUCGUUGAUGGCCUGUCACUUUCCCACCAAUAAAGAUCUCGAGAAACGACUGAAGCUCGUUAGAUCACGACUGCGAAAACUAGAUACCGACGACGAGAUGACGUUCACCGAGGACGAAGAAGCCGAAAUGGAUUACAUGAGGGAAGUUAUCAAGCUAGUCAUCAGCAACGGAACUAUAGACUCUUGCGUCGCUGAGGAUAAUUCUACAGUGACCAACGAGGAACUCGAUAAGUUGGUCAAGACUACGUACGAGUUCACUACCGUUUUAUAUAGCUUUAUUAGCCUAAAUUGGAAUCAUAGCGUUUCCGAAGACAGCCUGACUGACGAUAAUUACAUGCUAGUGGACGAUUUGCAACGAUUGACCGACGAGACGCUGCUGGACGCCAACGCGAGCCUAAUACCCAAACGAUUCUGGCGGCCCUACAUCGAGGCUGUUUUUGAAGGAAUAACCUCGCUAGAUCUCGACACGAAAGACAAAGUUUUUGUCGGCAAUUUGGAAUACUUAAAGGACUCCAUGUUGUUACUUGCUGUUGCCGACGAGACAGAGCUGGAAACUUUCAUCUGGUGGAUCGUCGUGGACAUGGUAGCACCUCAUUGUUCUGAGAAGAUUAGGGACGCCUGGAAGACAUAUGCUAAUAGAGUGUCGGAUAUAGAAAUGGAAGAAUCCAGAUCUCUGUGCUGCGCAACGUAUACCAAUCAACUCAUGGGAAUGGCGGUGUCAUGGAUGUUCAUUGAUCAGUCACUCCAGAAUAACAAGGCUAGCAAAGUGCUCGAAAUGCUGAAGGAUAUACAAGAGGCGUUCGUCUCGCUGGUCGGCGAAAUGGAUUGGAUGGACCAGAAGACGAUAGCCGCCACUCUCGAGAAGAACAGGAAGAUGACGUCCGAGAUCGGAUAUCCCGAGUGGAUCUUCGACGAGGAAAAGCUCAACUACUAUUACAGGGGGGUGGAUCUGUCGAAGACGAGAUUCUUAGAGAAUAUAGUGCAGAUGGUGCACUCAAUAAUGAACAAAACGUUGUCGUCGCUGCAUCACGUUAACUUGGACAACGAGACGUACUGGGAAACCAAUCCCACCAGCGUGAACGCCUACCACGCUUUUCAAGAUAACCAAAUAACCAUACCUGACGGAAUUCUCCAAUUCCCGUUCUAUGAAUUGGGCCUCGAGUCAUUGAAUUACGGCGCCAUCGGCGCGGUCCUCGGCCACGAGCUGACCCAUGGAUUCGACAACAGCGGCCGGCACUAUGACAGCAACGGGAACAUAAGGCAAUGGUGGAGCAACGAGACCAUCGCGGAAUACACCGAGAGAACGCAGUGUUUCAUAGAUCAUUACAACACAUAUUACGAGGAUGAGAUUGACGAUUACAUCGACGGCGAGCUGACCUUGGGCGAGAACAUCGCCGAUAAUGGGGGCCUCCACGAGGCCGUCAUCGCUUACGAGAGGUGGAAGGCCAGGCAUGGCGAGGAGCCCCUUCUUCCGGGAUUCACGCAAUUCACGCACGAGCAGCUGUUCUUUCUCAGCUAUGCGCACUUGUGGUGCGAGUCUUAUACGGCCACUUCGCUCAAAUGGAUGCUGGAGGAUUCACACUGUCCCGGCCACGUGAGACUUCAGGCAGUACUGAGGAACUCCGAGGAGUUCAGCGCCGCGUGGAAAUGCCCGCCGGGGUCGAACAUGAACCCGUUGCAGAAGUGUCGCGUGUGGUAAACGGCUGAUGCGAGGAGAGACAGCUCGACAUUUCGCUAUGGCGAGGCUAUUGCUCUUGGCAGAGAGAAAUUAUGUCGAUAUGUUGUUCGCUCGUCAAUGAGCUCGCAAGAUUUACGAUACGAAACGCUGACGAUGAUCCAUUUGUUUCAGCGUAAAGUUCGAAUAUUAUAUGAAAAAUACGAGUAUUUCAGCGUGAAAUUGAAUUUAGAAACCAGAGAGUGUGGCCAAGUAGCUCAUAGACGUCUCAUGAUUUUAAGGUCCUCGACAAUGUCAAUUCCUUUUGCAUACGAUUAAAGCUUGCGUCGAGUCGAUUCCGAAUAUGUAACUCUUUAAAUUGAGCCUCUUACCGUUUUCGAGAAAAAUGAUUCCAAAGAAUUCCAAUUUCAACAGAUGGCGCUAUAUAAACAGAAAGACAAGUAUGAAUUGGCAUUACCUGUCUUUUGUGAACGGCAAAAAUCUGCUCUUAAAAGACAUCCCUCACUUUAAACGUGAAAGUGAAAUCGAGUCGAAAUCACGUUAAGUUUAAACUAAUCUCUUUGGAUGUCAUCUGUUAAAACUGGGACACUUUCGAGUCACUUGGCUUGGGAACAAAGAGAGGCUCAAAUUAGAGAAUUACAUAUUUGAAAUAAACUCGUCGUGAGCUUUAAUCGAAUGAAAGAGAAUUGGCCGCUCUCUUUCUAAUUACAUUUGUAUGUCUGUGAUUAGCUCCAAUUGACAAUGGUAAGUCGAUCGAUUCGACUUAUCCUAAGAUUCGGUGAAGCACGCGAAAACCUCAAAGAGAUAUUUCAGUCGAAAAGUUGUUCAAAUUUCUCGAUGUGAAGUUUCAUUGAAAAACGCGUGGAAAUUCACGCAAAACGACGACUUGGAAUAGCAAGAGUGAAGUAAAUUGAACUCAAAUUCGAAAUGGAUUCUCUAUUCACACGAAUGAAUGUUUCAAUCCGAUUAGAGUGGAUUUGUUUCGGUAACGUCAAAGCCAGAUUCACUCUUCGAUCUGGAUAAAUAUUUCGAAAUAAAUAGCAAGGUUUCGAAUGAAGACGAUUUUGAUCUGGGAAUUCACAACAUGAAGUGUCACUCAAAAAAAUCCGAGUCCCGCUCGGUCGUCAAUUGGCUUUCCGAGUGGAAUUCCACUCGGAGAAAUUUGGAGAGAACGUUCUCGGUGACGAACCGAGAAAAAAAUAUUUAAAAGACCUCGCUGAGAGAGAAAUACCUGGGAAUUUAUUUGUUACAUUGGUUCGGAUAUAAAGUUUACUCGCAGAAAUAAAGUUUAUUUUACUGAAAUAGACUCUAUAUCCCACAAAUAAUAUUCUCAA